AUGGGUCAGGCCGCGUCCACAGCGACGCCUUCGCCGCCUACCGAUGGCCCAUCGUCUCGCCGCGAGUCCUUCUGGCGCCGCUCGCUGCCCGCUUCCUCGGGCCUCGCCCCCGACAACGACCACGCCGACGACCAUGACAUCCGCCCACAUUCUUCGUCUCCCCGACCGUCGCCCGCCUCACGUCCACGCCCACGUGCCGCUCGCUCCUCUUCCAUCCAUAGGCUCUCCCAGAUGCUCCGCUCGUCCAACCCCCGUUCCGACCAUGCAGAAGACAUAGACACUGGCCUUCACCGACCUUCGCGCUUACAGCGCGCUCGCACCUCGCUCCACAACUUUGGCUCUCGCCAUUCNCCCUUUGCACGUCCGACGCAAAUGUCUCGCUCACGGACAGACGACUUUGGCUAUGCCUAUCCGCAUGUUGAACUCAACUUUGACAACUUUGAGCUCAACCUUGACCUUGCGACUUCAGAUCCCGAACCACGCACCCCAUCGUCUCGUUCCAGUUUCCGUCUUCCAACCUCUCUCUCUGAACGCCUACCUACUCUUCGCUCUGAUAGAUCACCACGAAACCCUCUUUUGACUCCUCCAAGGCUCACGCCGGCUAACUUACCCGAGUCUCAAUCGACCUUGGGGUCCGAGCCAUCCUCGGUCUGGACAUCUGCUGCUGGUGCUGCAUCACAAGAGCCUUCUGUGCUGGGUGCCACACCUACGAGGUCAAGAACAGAAGGAGAGGCACAGAUAAGAGAAGACAACACGGCCUUGAUAUCUCGGAUUUUGUCAGUUGCGGCUGCAACCACGGCCGCCACUCUGCUGGACGGUGACCAGGAGGCAAUCGCAGAAGCUCAUAGCGUGAGCGGUGACGGUACUUUCAGCAACUUUCUCCAGUCCUUGGAAAGCGGCCGUUUGGCCUCGGCUCUCAGACAAGGGGGUCAGACUUCGGCCAAUGCGCCGCUCAACUUCUUUCGAAUGUUCCGCUUUGGCUCGGCGAGGGAUGCUUCUAGGGAUGCCAACGACUCGUCAUCUGCUCAGUCCGCUGGACCCGACGGACGUAUGGUUCCAGUCAUCAUCGUGGGCAUUCGCUCUGUAAAUCAGAUGAAUGCGAAUGGUGCUCAAGAUGCUGCGAUGCCGCCUUUUCUGGAUGCCUUGUCUGCUCUACCAAGAUCACCGUUCAACGGCGAGAGUGACAGUAUCGACCACAUCCUAGACCCGACGCCGACACAUCGUUUCAGUCACCGCCGGCGAGCAUCUAUGGGCGGCCACGCCAACUUCCCAGCUGCAUAUGAUUCUCAGCGUCACUCGUCGACCCCUGAUCGUGCACGAUCCCGCUCCAUAAACACAUCUCGACCACCCCUGAGCCCUGCUCUUUCACGAGUCAGUUCGGCCAACUCUGCUUUACCGCCCCAGCGUCCUCCGUCUAGCCGCUCCAACUCAAACUACUCCGAGCGUCGUGAGAGCAUUAUCCGGACCACUACAACAACCACAACUCUCGAAACCACAGCAGAGAACGCCCCACUGAGACCUCGUCCACACCGACCACGCCGACUUAGCGAGUCAGAUUAUGGCCAUCGGGGUUAUUCUUCCCGGCGUAACGGCUUUGUCGAACCUGACAACGCACCAGGCGAGAAUACCCGUAGUUGGAUCAUCUAUGUCCUCGGUGGCAGUUAUCCCGAGAACCAUCCCAUCAUUACUACUCCGAGUCUCUAUACCGACUCGCCCACUUACGAAGAUAUGAUGCUGUUGUCGGCCCUGUUGGGCCCUGCCAAGCCCCCUGUAGCCAGCGAGCAGGAUGUUGCUGAUGCUCCAGGGAUUUUCAAAAUCCAAAGUACCGGGGACUCUCUUGUCGCUGUCGCCCUUGAAGGCGAGGAUAAGAUCUUUUUGACCUCUGAGCAACGUUGUCUCGUCUGUCUCUGUGACUUUGAGCACGACGAAGCGGCAAGACGCCUUGUCAAAUGCAAUCAUCUAUUCCACAAGGAGUGUAUAGAUCAGGUACGUUCGUUCUCGUAUUUCGUUCACGCCUCUUACUGA